AUGGACGAUUGGCUCAUUCGUCAAUUCAUGGACGAGUUUGGUCUAUCUGAAGAGCACAUCAAUCGCUUAUAUGCAAUUGCUGCUCGCCUGGCAGAAAACCCCCGUUUAAUGCAACGACUUGACGAUUUCGACCGCAGGAUGAACAUAAUGAUUUUCAGAGAUCAGCAGCCAGUUGAUCCGGUAGUUGAUGAGAACCAGGAGAACCAGGAGAACAAUGAUCCAAAUCCGGUUCAGGAGCUAGAACUUGAGGAUGGUGACGUUAUGGAAGAGUUCUUUCGGGUUCAGGAGGAACAAAUAGCACAGGAGGAACAACAACAAGCGGAAGAGAAUAAUAAUUUGCCAGAGGAUGAUUAA